AUGAACGGGUUUGAAGUUAAGGAUGAUAUACCCCCGUUGGACGAGUAUGUGCUGAGGGAUGCAGAGAAGUCAAUCGAUCAUCACGCCGAUUCAGCGUCGUCGUAUUCCGGACGCGGCAGUGGUAUAUUGAGCCUCUUUGACCCCAACUACGACAGCAACUCCGUCCUUGAGGAUGAUUCCCCAUACCCCGAGGUUCGCUCUGCCGUGGCGAACUUUGAUGACCCUGAUAUGCCUGCUUCCACCCUACGAGCUUGGGUGCUCGGUAUUGCGUGGGCUAUCCUGUUGCCAGGCAUGAACCAAUUUUUCUAUUUUCGAUACCCCUCAGUGGCGAUUGGAGGUCUUGUCGCUCAAUUACUAGUGUUCCCUGUUGGCCGAGCGUGGGUCCGCAUAUGUCCUCAGUGGUCGCUUUUCGGGACAGAACUAAACCCGGGCCCAUUCACGAUUAAGGAGCACGUGUUAGUCACAAUAAUGGCCAGCGUGGGCGCUCAAAGCGCCUAUGCGACAGAUAUUGUUGCUGUCCAACGCGUCUCCUACGGACAGGCAUGGAGUUUUGCAUGUAAUUGUCUUCAGCUGGGUUUGCUGGAUUUGGCCAGAAAACGUCGAUCACGAAGUGGCUCAUCAAGGGACGCUAAUCGUCAUCAGAAAGUCAACCAAAUAUUUGGGUAUGCUACUUUAACUUUUGCUACCAGUGCUUUGCCGCUCACGAAGCACUUUAGAUACAAGAGCGGAUUGGGAUUUUCUCUAAUCACUUUGGAUUGGAACCAGAUCGCAUUCAUCGGCAGUCCACUUUCAACACCAUGGUGGGCAGAAGCGAAUGUUAUGAUUGGCUUUUUCUUCUUUUACUGGUUCCUCACGCCACUACUAUAUUAUAAGAACGUUUGGCACAGUCAGUACAUGCCGAUAUCAUCGUACAAUGCAUACGACAAUACCGGCGCGAUCUAUAACAUAACCCGGGUUGUCAAUCCCGACGCUACUCUUAAUCGCGAGGGCUACUCACAAUACAGCCCUCUUUAUCUUCCCCAUCAUCCAGCCACUAUCACACACGGUGAGGGAUACCCUUCCAAUGCCGUUCAGGAUGAAUACUGA